GUUAUCAAGCACAACACUCCCUCCUCGUUGUGGGUCAUAAUGAAUCGAAAGGUGUAUGAUGUGACGAACUUCCACAAGAAGCAUCCCGGUGGACCAGGUGUGUUGCUGCAGAUGGGUGGCAAGGAUGCAACUGCAGCAGCAGCUGCUGCUCACAAGAGCAUACUGCCUGCAAACCUGAUGUGGGAGUUUUGCAUCGGGUACAUUGUCAGGACAAAACCACAGGAGGGGGCAGUGGCGCCGCCUCCUGAAAGCAAGACUCCGGUACAGAAGAAGGCGGCAUCCCCCACGAAAGAGGCAUCUCCUCGCUCAUCGAAUGUUGACAAGGUGAAGAGCGAGGUCAAGAGCAUCGCGUCAUCAGCUCAAGACGGACUCAGCGACAUCACAGAUGCAGAGAGCCCGCUUGCAAAAGCGAGAGCAAAAAACAAGCGUCGCUCCCCGCCAUCCUUCGUUGCGGACGUGGAGCGUCUGCUGACGCGGCCCGUGAUGCCCAGCAAGCAGAAGGACGUGUUGCAGAAGCAGAAGUCCAACAACAGCGUUCAGGCUGAAGGGAGAGAGGAGGAAAGCCCGGAAGCGGCUUGCGAAUCUCCAGAUGUAAAGCCGGAGAGGUCCUUCACAACCAUUAUGGAAGAGAUGGACUCUGAAAUCUUACCGCUCUCCGACGAUGCCCUCGGACCUCCGGAGCCUUCGCCGCAGCCUGGGGGACUCCUCUGCUUCAUGAACUCGACGGCUUGCUGGAGUGGUGGUCGACCUUCAAAGGUCGAGAUGCCAGAGGACAAGGUGACAGGAGAUUGGUCUUUGUCGUAG